CCUUCAGGAUUAUGUUGGAAAAGAGGAGAAUUUCUCUGACCAGCAGCUCUGUGGACAGGAGAGGAAUUCCAGUUUCGAUCAAGAGGAACCAGAAGCUCUUCAGAUAAAAGAAGAACAGCAAAAACCAGAAUAUCUCUGUACAAAAGAGGAAACCGUGGAACUAUCCAUAACUGAGCAUGAUGAACAGUUUGUUCUAAAGCGGGGGACUGUAGUUACAGGAGAAAAACCUUUCCCAUGUUUAACAUAUGGAGAAAACUUUGUAAGAAACGAAUAUUUUAGGGUUCACACUCACACAGGUCAGAUGAUUUAUGAAUGUCUGUCCUGUAGAAAAAUGUUCACAAAGAAAUCUAAUCUUGAUAGACACAUCCGAAUUCAUACAGGUGAGAAGCCUUUCUCCUGUACUAUUUGUGACAAGAAUUUCACUGAAAAAAGUAGUUUGAUUAAACACAUCAGAAUUCAUACAGGUGAGAAGCCUUUCUCCUGUACCAUUUGUAACAAGAAUUUCACUCAAAAGAGUAGUUUGAGUUAUCACAUGAGAAUUCAUACAGAUGAGAACCCUUUUUCCUGUUCAAUUUGUAACAAGAAUUUUACUCAAAAGAGUAGAUUGACUUCUCACAUGAGAAUUCACACAGGUGAGAUACCUUUUGAAUGUCUAUCCUGUGGGAAAGGCUUCACCUCUAAAUCUGAUCUUAAGAGACACACCAGACUUCACACAGAUGAGAAGCCUUUUUCUUGUACAAUUUGUAACAAGAAUUUUACUCAAAAGAGUAAUUUGACUUCUCACAUUAAAAUUCACACAGGUGAAAAGGCUUUUUCCUGUACAAUUUGUAACAAGAAUUUUACUCAAAAGAGUAGUUUGACUUCUCACAUUAAAAUUCACACAGGUGAAAAGGCUUUUUCCUGUACAAUUUGUAACAAGAAUUUUACUCAAAAGAAUAGUUUGACUUCUCACAUGAGAAUUCACACUGGUGAGAAACCUUUUGAAUGUCUAUCCUGUGGGAAAGGCUUCACCUCUAAGUCUGAUCUUGAUAGACACAUCAGAAUUCACACAGGUGAAAAGCCGUUUGUCUGCACCAAUUGUAACAAGAGUUUUUCUCAAAAGAGUAGUUUGACUUCUCACAUGAGAAUUCACACUGGUGAGAAGCCUUUUGAAUGUCUAUCAUGUGAAAAAGGCUUCACCUCUAAGUCUGAUCUUGAUAGACAUAUCAGAAGUCACACAGGUGAGAAACCUUUUGGCUGUACCAUUUGUAACAAGAAUUUUACUGAAAAAAGUCAUUUGACUACUCACGUUAGAAUUCACACUGGUGAGAAGCCCUUUUCCUGCAUGAUUUGUGGCAAGAGUUUUACUCUAAAAAGUAUUUUGACUAAACACAUGAGAAUUCACACAGGUGAGCAGCUGGUUUCCUGAAUGAAUUUUGCUCAAGGUUUUAAAUGAGGAGGUAAUUUGAGUAUUCGGAUGACAUUUAUAUAUGCAUGAUGUAAAAUGGUUUAUAUAUAUUUUUUGAAUAUUUGUUUCACAUUAGUCACAGCAGUUGGACGACACAGGAAUGAGCAUUAUGUGUGUUUUCCAUGUUUGGCUAGUAAUAAAAUGUCCAUCUUGAAACUCCUUCACGUCUUUACAUGAGAGAUCCAUGGGUUAAUGGUCUUUUUGGAGCAAAGUUUUGAGAAAGCCAUUAAUUAACAGCUCUGUUUACAUGGAAACUAGAACAGAUAAGGUGUUAUAUUGUGAACCAGGUAAAUAUUCGGGUCCUAGACGAAUAUGUGUGAACAUUUGAAGGUUUAUUAUUUUGUGGUUAAGUAAUUUAUAUUUAAAUGGUCAAACAAUUAAAUUUGCCCUAACAAAAACAAAGAUUCACAAUUUCUUACUUUUUCUGUAAUUUAGGCAAUAAACAUAAUAAAGCGCAACAACAACAACAUAUUGGUUAAAGAUGAAGCAAGUUUGCUUUCCAUACUACAAGUAAUGGAGAAGUUAUAGAUGUUUAAAUUGAAAACAAGCCAGACAGACCCAUACUGUGCCGUUUUGGCAUGGUGUGGCAGAACUUUUUCUGAAUGAAUUUUUCAGAAAAAAAGAGAUAUUUGGAAACUUUUAGCUGAAUGAUAAGGUAUUAUAUGGAUAUAUUCCAGAAACAGACAUCCUCAGAAUAAAAAAUAUAAGCAAAGCUAGGACAGUUUUAAUGUGCUUUGCUCAGUUUUGCUGAUGUUUUUGGAGGAUUUUCUAAGAGAUCAGCUGCAAAUGAUCAGAGUUUAGCUAAUUCAGUGUCUUGUUGGCUUUCAUUAGCAAUGCAUCAAUCAGCCCUGCUACGUGUGUUGUUGAAACCAGGCCCACCAACACUCCAACUGUUUUUGGCCCAGUGUUAGAGCUAUGCUUAAUGGAUAUUAGAAUGAAGUAGAUCAUCUAUAGAGGAGUCUCACAUGAAGAUUUGGGACAUAUAUAAGUGUGUGUCAGUCUGAGAGUUAGUCAGCUACAAGCUAAUUAAUGUUGCAAAGUAGCUCCAGCCACCUUGAAAGGGGGUGCUGGGAUUAUGGGGUUAAACUACGGGACAUCAAAGAACUCAGUUUAGACGCUGGGGUCUGUAGUUCAGGUAAAUUAAAGUCCUAAAAUGAUCAAACAUGUUUGUUUAAAAAGAUAAACAGGAUUGAUGAUGUUGAUGUUAUUUUUACUGGUCAGUUUGAACCUGCUUUAACUUG